GCUUGCGCCGGCGGGUGCUCGGCGUCGGCGUCGGCGGUCGGCGCUCAGCGGUCGGAACAAAGCGCGGCCCGCUACUCGUACGAGGCAACGCGGUCAGUACCUACGCAGCCGGCGAGCUCGCAGCCGGAGCCGCGCCAUUUCUGUACCGCCGUGGGCGCCCCACGCGAUCGUACUUCGCGAUCUUCACACACGAUUUUGGUUCCUGAUCGCCCGAUGAAUAUUUAACUACCCGACUCCCUAGCCCAGCCGCUAUACCAACGAACAUGACAGCACUUUGUUGACACACUUUUACUUGUAAAAGUUUAUUAAAUAGACUAAGAUGUCGAUGGGUUAAAUUACACAAGAUGAAGGAUAUAAGUUCAAUUUCGUGUUCGAUGGCAUCGCAUGUUUUAAUACUGCUCUUAAUUGUCGGUACCGCGACAUCAUCCGACGAAUCCCUGUUCCCACGGUUCGUGGAGCCAGUGACCAAUGUUACGGUGACGGUGGGCCGCGACGCUUUGCUCGCGUGCGUCGUCGAAGACUUACGGGGCUAUAAGGUGGCAUGGGUCCGUGUUGACACGCAGACGAUCCUGAGCAUCCACCACAACAUCAUAACGCAGAACCCGCGCAUCAGCCUGUCAUACAACGACCACCGCUCGUGGUACCUGCACAUCAAGAGCGUGCAGGAGGUGGACCGCGGCUGGUACAUGUGCCAGGUCAACACCGACCCCAUGCGCUCCAGGAAAGGAUACCUGCAGGUUGUAGUUCCGCCUGUGAUCAUCGACAAUAUGACAUCGACGGAUAUGGUGGUGCGCGAGGGAACCAACGUAACCAUGGUGUGCCGUGCCACGGGCUACCCCGAGCCCUACGUCAUGUGGCGGCGCGAGGAUGGCCAGGAGUUCAACUGCAACGGCGAAUCAGUGAACGUGGUGGACGGAGAGAACCUGACGAUAUCGAAGGUGUCGCGACUGCACAUGGGCGCGUACCUCUGCAUUGCGAGCAACGGCGUUCCACCUUCUAUCAGCAAGCGUGUCAUGCUCAUGGUACAAUUCCCACCGAUGUUAUCGAUCCCGAACCAGCUGGAAGCCGCCUACGUGGGCCAAGACGUGGUGCUGGAGUGCCACACAGAAGCCUACCCCUCUUCCAUAAACUACUGGACCACUGAUCGCGGAGACAUGAUUAUAUCAGGAGUCAAAUACAUCACGAAUUUAAUUGACGAAGGAUACAGCAGGAAAAUGAAGCUAACGAUACGAAAAGUAUCAUCCAGGGACUUCUCAUCAUACCGCUGUGUAGCUAAAAACUCGCUCGGUGAAACUGAUGGACUAAUCCGUCUCGAUGAAAUAACUGCUCCACCCACAACGAGCACAGCUGUUAACUACGUCCCUACAUCUUCGGAUAAGAAAAAAGGUAAAAAUAAAAGUCGCUGGCGAGAUGGCUCUGCUGAAAACAGGGUCAUAGGAGAUUACGAGGUUGAAGAGUGGAAAGAUUCAGGAGGUACUGAUUACGAGUCCACACAAUCAUCUAAUUCGUCACGGCCUCGUUGCGGAGUCGUCGCAGUCGUGGCAGCGCUGCUAGUGACCAGCUGACACGCGCUCGCUUCCGCGACAUCGUGCCAAUACCAGACGUUGUGCUAAAUGAGAUACGAUAACUUCGAUAAGUCUAUUUGCUAUUGUAUAUCGUCGGGUGACAAGCAAAAGUCACUAAAUACCACCCACCAGUUCAUAGCCAUAAUAAACCAUAUUGGUACUAAAAGAAGAUCGAUUUUUGUGUAAUUUUAUUUUUGUAAUUAGUGACUUUUGCUUGUCACCUGACGAUAUUAGGUAUAUUACUAGUCAUGUUAUUUGCAAACUCAUAUUUCAUUGAGAGCCGGUGUAGUCAUAAAUUGCUCAUAGAAAUAAAGAGACACACCGUUUUUCAUGUUCCACAUUUUUGGUUUCGAACAUUUAUUUGUUUAAACCUGAAUAUUGACUUUUAUUUUACUGUUGUAGGAAAAGUAACUUAUAAAAGCAACGGCGUGCCGUUACCCGAGAAUUUUAAGAACUACUACCUAUAGGAUUCUAACUACUUAGGUCUUAACAUUUUGGUUGUACCUAUUUUACAAAAAUCAGUUAUGCCAGUUAGGUAUUUCUCAUUCUCAUGUAGCUGCUAUAUUCAACUAUUUUAUAAUACAUACUGCGCAAAUUAAAUCCAUGUUAACAGUCCGCUGCAAUUGACAGCUUUAUAAGUAUUUGCAACUAAAACUGUUUAUAGUUGUUUUUAUUGAAAUGAUAAUUUUAAAACGAAAUGUAAUUUAAUUUCACAAAAUCAUAUGAAAUCUCCAUUAUAGAAUUUAGAAUGCGGACAUCGAAUCCUAAAAAAAACUUUUGUUUGAGAUUAUAUGAGUAUGUACAGUCACCUGCAAUAAUAUGUUACACCACGGAGGUCGCAAAAAUAUCUGACACACUCUUAUUUGUAGAGCCAUAAGAGCGUUUCACAUAUUCUUGCGGCCUUCCAAAAGUAACAUAUUAUUGCAGGUGACUGUACGUUAAUAUUUUUAUGAAAAUGUAGCUAGUGAUGUCAUUAGUGUAAAUAUAUUUUUAUUGUAAUGAUAUUUUCCGAUAAAACAAAGACUGAUAGAUCUAUAUGAUGAAUGUGCCAUAUCUAAUGAAUAAAUAGCGUCGCUAAUGGUAGUUACUAUAUAAAUCUGAUAAUUCGGUGUAGUUAUAUUAGACGUUGGUUUACUGCUCAUGCAACCUAUAAAAAUUGUAAACAUGUAUUACUUGUAAACAUGAACUUUAGAACUUCCUAGAUGUACUGCCAAUAUCAUAGGCGGUUUCCGAGAUCAAAUGUAGCUACUAUGAAAAGUAUCCAAAUCACUCUAGCUAUGUCUGUAAUAUUUAAAGAAGAGUUCCCUCGAUUUAUUCAGGAUCCCAUCAUAUCAGAUCUAAACAUAAUGCCAAUGGGACCAACUGUAACAAAAAAUAAUUUUCUGAAUUGGUCCAGUCAUCUUUGAGAAAUCAGAGAGCAAAAAUAUCCCAUCGAGUUGAGGAACUCCUUAAUUUUGGAGCCGGUCAAAAUGUUUAAUAGUAGAUACAAUGCCGAAAAUAGAGCUGUGAAAUAUGUGGCAUUUUGCGGGAACUUCUAGAGCUCGCAUCGAAAAAGUAAUUCUGUAUGAGUUCAGAGAGAACGAAGUACUCCGCUAAACGCUAAACUCUAAACGCUAACUCCGAAUUGAAAACUCUUCUCUACAAAACUCAGACCCAACCAAGACGAUAAAGCUUUAUGUGAAUAAGGACCUCCGCAAGGCUAGUUUUUAUCAUCCGCACGCAUAUCAUUAAGUAUAUAAUUUUAUUAUUUUACCAACCUUAAACUAUGUUUAAACUUUAAAUGUACCUAAUUAUAGAUCAUUAUUGUAAAUAUGACAUAGAUGCUGUGCUAUAUAAUGUUACGACAUUAUAGCUAAAUGUAUGUAUUUAUAAGCCUACUAAUCUAAAUCGAUCCCUUUCAGAACAUGCAAUUACUGUAAGUGAAUAAAUACUUUGUAAAUAUCAUCCACAUCUGCAAUAAAGACAAUAUGGCGUGCUUUGUAAAUUAAAUAUAAAAUAUCUGUAAUUUAAAACAAUAACAAUAAAGCUUACGUGUACUAAUUCUGUCAAAUUUGAUGUUAAGUUUACUCAGUGUUAAUAGAAACUCGAUAAAGUAUAGUGCGCAUCAGUCUUUAAAACACAAUGGUUCAAUGGUUUGUCACUGGCCGGUUCAUGUUAAGCAUUAAGUAGAAAAUAUUGUAUCGUUAUAGUAGAACUGUUCUUGUAAAGUAUUAUAAAAAUAAAGAAAAACCUUUUUUA